AAAGUGACGGAGGACAGGGCCAUGGCGUCCUGGUUCAGCUGGAACGAGCCCUACCAGAGGAGCCCCCGCAGGGACCCAGCUGACGUGGUCACCGACACUUUGAUGCUGGAGUUCAGCUGGCAGCUAAAGGAAGCAGAGAGGAUGCAGAGAGAGAGGGAGAACCAGUACCGGCGCCUGAAGACCGGGGUGGAUUACAGCUGGCUGGCCAGCACGCCUCGCUCCUCCUUCAACAUCAGCACCGGAGAAAGACUGGCCCUGGAGGACCUUUGCUCCAAGGUGCCCCCCUCCUGCUGUGGCCUGGUCAUCCUCAAGUUUAGAGAUGUCAUACAGGCCAAUGAGCCAGAGGUCCAAGAGGUGUCUGGUCACUUCAGAGCCGUCCUCCUGGAGGCUCUGGAUCAGCUGAAGGAGGAGCAGGAGGCACAGCGGCUGGCCCGGCAGUGGAACAACAAGCGAGCCAUGAGCAUGAACUUCAGGUCACGGAUCAAGAUCAACCCUUUCGGAAGCACAACUGGUCUCACCACUGCAAUGGCCAAUGGGACGGGGAUGAGCGACCUGAAAACCGUGUCCGAGGACGUGGAGAAGGGGAUGCAGAAGGAGGAGCGGUCCCAGAGGGUGUGGAGCAUGCCCGACUUUAGAUACAAGGGAAGCAGCAGUAGAGUUGUCUAAUGUGGUGCUUUUAAAUGUCAGAUGUGACACUUGGACAUUUAAGUUGGACCAAUAUCCGAUACUUGAUGUCUAAUAUGUUCAAGGCCAACAUAAGAUUUCUACUUUUCUAAAUGUACCCAAUAAGUUUUCAGUACUUGAAGCAGUAAAUAUGUUGCCUGAGAUUUAUAUUUUGCAAUCAUGUCUCUUGUGUUUUAGAUAUAAUGCAUUGAAGCAUUAAGGGCCAUUUGUACUACAGCCUAAUAGUAUUAUUUAAAAAUGACAAAGCAAUCUUAAAGCUGUGUUUGAUAGAGACGGUGCACGCUAGGUCAAAGCUGAAUGUGUGAACGCAUGAAAUGGCUGUAAAGUGCAACAUUUUUCUGUAGGAGGGACAUGUUUUCUUUUCUAUAUAAUUCAAACAGUGAGUCAUCCUCCAUGUGUCAACAGCACAAUGACUUAACGGUGAAAUGCAUCAUCCAAGGUUAGAAAACUAAAAGCUUUGCUUCUUGCACUUUUUUUUAUUUCCAGAAAGGUUUAAAAGGAAGAAAAAAAGGAAGCGAUUGAAGAUGAAAUUUCUCCAGCGGUUUAUUUGCAGUCUGUUUGUCACACUGUUUACAAAUGGAUCUGAAUGCACCAUCAUACAAACAUGGAUUCAAACUGGUUUCAUACAAAUAAAUGAAUGAAAUUUUUUUUUUCCAUUCUAAAAUACAAAUACUCGGAAAAAUUACCAUU